AUAGGCACUACUGCUCAAGAUGCUUCAGUCCCGAGCUAUGAUACUACACCCAUGGCGUCUGAGGAGGGUAGUGCCAUCAUUCUCCUCAAUCCGACAAUUGUCCACAUCCGGGGCACUGGGAGCAGAUUCAUCUCCAGCAGAUGAAUCAAAGCUUCGUGUUUCAACCGCCACUCCACGGAAAAAUGAGCCGAAGAAGCUGAAGAUUCCACCGGUUCUCCUAAAGCUCAACAACUCGAAUGUAGACAGGCUCCGCCCUCGCCGGAUUAUUGAUGCGAGGUCUCUUGCGGCCUCGAAAUCAUCGGGCGGCCUGCCAACAAACGUUCUUAGAGGCCCACGCCGCCUAGGAGCUCAGGGAGGAACGUCAUUACGCGGGCGGAAACCGUUCAAUGCGAAGCCGGCACCGAGAGCACCUCGCCGCGCGCGUCAAAGGGACUCGGCUGGAGAAGACGAAAAUCCGUCGCUGACGGCAGAACUUGAAGAUGUCUACCGAGAACUUGCAGAGAAGACAAAGCCGACUGCCACUCGCUAUGAACCCCAGGCGCCCAGCUUGCAGAGUUUGAGCGAGACAUGGCCAUCACUGCCCACAGAUGUCACAGCGACGGCUGCUGGAGUCGCUGAAAAGCUCUCCCUGCUUAGUGAACGCUAUCCCAACGGUUAUGUCCCACCCUACACACUGGGUAAACGACUCAUCGAGGGGAAAUAUGUCCGGUUUACAAGUGAAGCGGAGAGAAUUGAGGCUCUAGAAGCAGCCAAGAAGUUUGCGCAGGAGGCUGCGGAUAAGUUGUCACAGGAAAAGGGCGAGCUCAUAGAGCCGCAAGCGGUCAAAUUCCAAGGUGCUAAGGGCGGGGAGUACAAGACGCUGAUUGAGUCUCUCGCGCAAGGAAAAUACCCCACAGUGGAAACGGUGUCGACGGACAAGCCACCUGUUGUCGGCGAGAUUCUCCGCAAUAUAAGGAACAACGAGAGUUACCAGGCUCCUGGAAAGAAGGCCCAAUUCAUGGCCAAGCUAGAGACGCUCCUGGUUCCGAACCGCGCCGUCAAGCGUCCUUGAAAGCGAUUCCUUAGGGCCGUUCUAUAUCAUAGUCCUCCUUUCAUACGCAUUACCAAGAAUCUGUAGUAUAAGAUGACAGUCACUUUUCUAUAUUUUGAGUCAACCUAUCGUUACUUGGUAAUAUGCGCUGGCCGAGAUGCGACCUCUAAAAUUCAGGUUCGUUCCAUAGCCUUUUUAGCGACCUCGAAUAAGUCCUUCACUUCCUUCUGUCCCUUCUCUGUCAACUUCUCCAUCUUGUCCUGUGCCUUCCGAGCGUCGUCUGGUCUAGCAAUCUUCUUCUUAAUCAUUUCUUGAAGGCGUUUGUGGAC